AUGGCUCGCGAAAAGGUCGCCGACCCUGGAGGGCCUCGCCCCGGACAUGGCCCCCUCAGCCUCCCAGCCUACAGCCUCCCCUACGAGCUUGUGCUACAAGAACUCGGCACCAGAACCGACGAGGGCCUCACCAAGGACGAGGCCGCCCGUCGUCUGCAGCAGUACGGCCCUAACAAGCUGGACGAGGGCGAGGGCGUGUCCCUGCUCAAGAUCCUCGUGCGCCAGGUGGCCAACGCAAUGAUGCUAGUACUGAUCCUGGCCAUGGCGGUCAGUUUCGGGAUCCAGUCCUGGAUCGAGGGCGGCGUCAUUGCUGCUGUGAUUGUGCUGAACAUCGUCGUGGGAUUCUUCCAGGAGUAUGCGGCCGAGAAGACCAUGGAGUCGCUGCAUUCGCUCUCCUCGCCGACUGGCACUGUGUCCAGGGACGGCGAGACCUUUUCGAUUCCGUCGACCGAUAUUGUCCCUGGUGAUAUGGUCGAGUUGAGGACUGGCGAUACCAUUCCUGCUGAUAUCCGACUGGUCGAGGCAGUCAACUUCGAAACCGACGAAGCCCUACUCACAGGCGAAUCCCUGCCCGUGCAAAAGGAAUGCGACACCACGUUCAAGGAAGACACCGGCCCCGGAGACCGUCUGAACCUGGCCUACAGCUCCAGCACCGUAACCCGCGGCCGCGCACGCGGCGUCGUCGUCAACACCGGCAUGGCCACCGAAAUCGGCUCCAUCGCCGCUGCACUCCGCGCCACGAACAGCAAACGACGACCCGUCAAGCGGGGACCUGAAGGCGAGACCAAGAAGCGCUGGUAUUUGCAGGCCUGGACGCUGACGGGCACGGACGCGGUGGGUCGGUUCCUAGGUGUUAAUGUAGGCACGCCGCUGCAGAGGAAGUUAUCGAAGCUGGCGGUUCUGCUGUUCGGGGUUGCGGUGCUUUUCGCGAUUAUCGUUAUGGCUGCGAAUCUGUUUUCGAGUCAUAAUGAGGUUAUCCUCUACGCUGUGGGCACUGGGCUGAGUAUGAUCCCUGCGUGUCUGGUUGUUGUGCUUACGAUUACCAUGGCCGUGGGCACGAAACGGAUGGUUGAACGGAAUGUUAUUGUCCGCAAGCUGGACUCGCUCGAGGCCCUGGGUGCAGUGACGAAUAUCUGUUCUGAUAAGACUGGCACCCUGACGCAGGGGAAAAUGGUGGUUAAGAAGGCCUGGAUCCCUUCGCGUGGGACGUACUCUGUGGGGAACUCGAACGAGCCGUUUAAUCCGACCACUGGGGAUGUCACUUUCACUGCGCUCUCGCCUGUGGACUUUGAUGAUGAGAAGGAGGGUCCUGUGGCAGAGAAUGCAGAGGGUCUGGUUGAAGGAAACGGGGCGCUGGAAGACUUCCUCGACGUCGCGUCCAUGGCGAAUCUGUCGCAUGUGUUCAAGUCUGAAGAAGGAGACUGGCGUGCGAGAGGCGAGCCGACCGAGAUUGCAAUUGGGGUGUUUGCGUCUCGCUUCAACUGGAAUCGAGACCGGUGGACGAAGGGCUCGAAUGCUGUUUGGCACCAGAAGGCGGAGUUUCCGUUCGAUUCGACGGUGAAGAGGAUGUCUGUUAUCUUCAGCAAAGUGACCCAAGAAGGGGAACACAGCAUGAUCUUUACCAAAGGCGCCGUUGAGCGCAUCGUCGAUGCCUGUACCACUGUUGUAUGGGAGGAAGGCUCUGCUCCCACCCCAUUGACCGACGACAUGCGCACCCAGAUUCUCCAGAACAUGGAGGAGCUGGCGAAAUUGGGAUUACGCGUACUGGCACUGGCGCAUCGGCCUUACAACGAACAAAGCCGGCUCCUCGAAGGGUCUGACCUGAACCGCGACGAAAUCGAACGGGACCUCUGCUUCUUAGGGCUUAUAGGGCUGUAUGACCCGCCACGCCCGGAGACUGCAGGCUCAAUUGCAGCUUGCUAUCAAGCAGGCAUCACAGUGCACAUGGUGACCGGCGACCACCCAGGAACUGCAAAAGCAAUCGCCCAGCAAGUGGGCAUUCUCCCGGCCGACAUGUCCACCGUCGGUGCUGAUAUCGCCAACGCCAUGGUCAUGACGGCCGCGCAGUUCGACAGACUCUCCGACGAGGAGAUCGAUGACCUACCAACCCUCCCCCUGGUAAUCGCACGCUGCGCACCACAGACAAAAGUCAGCAUGAUCAACGCCCUGCACCGCCGCGGCCGUUUCGCAGCCAUGACCGGCGACGGCGUCAACGACUCCCCCUCGCUCAAGCACGCAGACGUCGGCAUCGCAAUGGGCCAGGCAGGCUCGGACGUCGCGAAAGACGCCUCGGACAUCAUUCUGACAGACGACAACUUCGCGUCGAUCCUCAACGCCGUCGAAGAGGGCCGGCGCAUCUUCGACAAUAUCCAGAAAUUCGUCCUGCACUUGCUCGCCGAGAACAUCGCGCAGGCAUGCACGCUGCUCAUCGGGCUCGCAUUCAAAGACCGCGACGGCCAGUCCGUGUUCCCGCUUGCCCCCGUGGAAAUCCUGUGGAUCAUCAUGAUCACCUCGGGCAUGCCGGACAUGGGGCUGGGCAUGGAGGUCGCCGCGCCCGAUAUCAUGGCGCGCCCGCCGCAGACAAAGCAGGGCAUCUUCACCUGGGAGAUCAUGGUCGAUAUCAUGGUGUAUGGGUUCUGGACUGCAGCGCUGUGUCUGUCGGCCUUCUCUCUGCGCAUGUGGGCCUUUGGGAACGGCGAGCUAGGAUCCGGGUGUAAUAGCAACUACUCGCCUGAGUGUGACCUUGUCUACCGUGCCCGCGCGACCACUUUCGUCUGUCUAACCUGGUUUGCGCUCUUCCUGGCCUGGGAAAUGGUGAAUCUCCGGCUGUCGUUCUUCCGGAUGCAGCCUGAGAGCAAGAAAUACUUUACGCAGUGGAUGUACGACGUGUGGAGGAACAAAUUCCUCUUCUGGUCGAUCAUGGCGGGCUGGAUUACCAUCUUCCCGAUCCUGUACAUCCCCGUGCUGAACCAUGUUGUGUUUAAGCAUACCGGCAUUUCGUGGGAGUGGGGGAUUGUCUUUGUGGAGGCGCUGCUGUUCUUUGCGGGCGUUGAGGCCUGGAAGUGGGCGAAGAGAGUCUUUUAUCGUAGGCGCAGCGCGAGGAUGCAGGUCGUUGCGCCAUUGGGGGAGAUGAGCAGCGUGCCGGUGGAUGCCUAA